AUGGCGACUCUCAAUCCACUCGUCUGCGUCGUCGACUUCCACCAUGCGCGGGGUCCAGAAGUGGAAACAUGGCUGGGUGCAGAAGAAGGAACCGACCCAGCAGCGGACAAUGACUGGUCGUUGCUGCCAUUCAUGGCCUUGAGUGACGGUGCGCAUGCCUCUGCAGAAGACUACUCCUACUUUACCCUCCGCCGCGCGCAAACCUCGACUGAACCCGCGACAUCACUCUUCGGUAUAUCGUGUACGCGACAACUCGAUGCGAGCAAGCUUAUCGAUCGGCCGGCUGAGGUUACCAGGAGCACGGUGCAGAAGGCUGUCGUUGUCAUCAGCGAUAGUCCACAACAUUUUGGGGCUAUCAAGGCGCAAUUAAGUGUUGUCACACAGCUAUGGUUUAACCAGAGAGACUUUACGGAUAUUGAGAUAUUGGAACGCUUCACGGAAAGUCUUCCACAGCUGCUAAAGAACCAGGAGGGACAGCAAGAUCAUUAUUUCGGUAUCUCUCUUCGCGAAUUCAUACAUGAGUUCAAAUGGCAGACUUUGGUUCUUUUCAAAUGCGCCUUGCUUCAACCAAAGGUUCUCUUCUUCGGCUCCCAUUGCGAACGAUUGUGCAUGAUGCAGUUUGCUCUUAUUUCACUGAUACCCGGCCUGAUACGCCACCUACAAGAUGCUGCAGAUCCCAAGUUCAAUUCUUGUGAGGAGAAGUGUGUCAUGCCCACUUCACUCAAGACGUCUGAGCGUGCUUCCUUACUAGCAUACAUGGGCCUCCCGUUGCAGCUAUUCGGUACAGGCUCUCUAUUCGGACCAUACACCCCACUUCAGCAACUCGACAUACUCGCAGAUCAAGACACGAAAUCCUACAUUGUCGGCUCUACAAAUUCGCUGUUACUUCAGCAAAGAGAUCGAUACAGCGAUAUCCUUAUCAACCUCGACGACCAUACCGUAAACAUUACCUCAGCCGCGCUGCGAAAUGCAUCGAUCCUGUCGACACCGGACCGGAGAUGGAUCGACUUCUUGACACAGACGAUCAACGAUACAUGGGAUGAAAAUGAUCCAGCACGACCGAAGGACCAUGGAUACGCCGGCAGCGAAGAGUUCAUCCGUAUGCAAUUCGAAGAGUACCUUCUCGCUAUGCUCAGCUCGGUGAAGUACAAAAUAUACAUGGAGAAGAAUGCACACAAAGAGAAGUUGAUCACAGAAGUUGAAGGUGACCCGGCGAGCGAGUUCUCAAAUGAAUGGGUACAUGCCUGGAUGCAGACUGAGAACUUUCGCAUCUGGAAUAAAUUUACAGAUUCACACCUCUUCGAUAUCGUCGAUCCGAAACACCCUUGCUCUGGUGGCCUAUCGAUGGAAGACGUCCAACGCCGAUUGGCACAGCAGGUAGCAGAAAUGCAUCUUGACGAGCGACUGGAGAAAUCAAGAGAAGUCUUGGGUAAACAGAUUGCAGUAGGCCAACAAAAGGUCAGCUCUGCGUACAACCGCUUGUGGGCAGAAAUGGAAGCUAUGCGUGAGGCGCAGAGGAAGAGAGCCGAAGAAGCUCGACUACAGGCUGAGAAGGAAGGAAGGCCGGUCGAUGACGGGAAGAAGUGGAAAGCACCUCAAGCCCCUGAUCUCUCGAACGCGAAGGCAAGCGCGGGUGCGUACUUUUCCAGCUGGGGCACCUGGGCAAGCGAGAAGAGGAAAGGAUGGGGGACAAAGACACCAGUAUCCUCGCCUCCACCGAGUGAUCUCAAGAGGGCGGAGGACUUCAAACGAGAGAAGGACGCGACAAUUGGUGAUACUCCGGCAAGCCCACCACCUGCAGACGUAAAGAGACGAAGCUUGUUUUUCGACGCAGACGCAGAGAAGACCAAGGACAGUGUUGAAAAGGAUUGA